AUGAUAACGCUUAUCAAUAUGAAACAACCUAUAGAGUUCAUUAUGGCUCAGGAAAACGAUGAUUUAUUUACGACUCGAAUGCGGAAAGCUACUAGGAGAAUACAUUCUAUCAGCGACGCUUUGGUCAAUGCGAAGUUUGCUAUAGCGGUACGUGAUGAAAAGGUAUGGGGUGGAGGACUAUUUGUCUUUUAUCAUAUAUUUGCUUAUCUUGAAGAUGCACAGAAGAGGUUGAGCCUACCAGAUUAUGAUAAACUCUUUGUCAAUAAAAUCCUCUACAGGAAAUUUGCCUUUGAAGAAGACAUCAGCCACUAUCUUGGCUCCGAUUGGAAGACAUUACCAAAGUCCGCUGCACUAGAGAACUACCUAGAACAUUUGCAAAAUUUGGAGAAGGACAAUCCACAACUACUAAUGGCAUAUGUCUAUCACUUAUAUUUGGGCUUGUUAAGCGGAGGUCAAAUACUUGCAAAGAAACGAAAAAUAUUUGGAGACAAAAAUCUGCCGAAUGACAUGUAUAAAGAUAAAGUCACCGAUUUUACCGGUGUUGACAUUUCGAAAUUAAAAAGUGACUUUCGUAGUGCCAUGAACGAAAUUGCAGAACACAUGACUGUGGAUGAACAAAAUGCAUUUAUCGAUGAGAGCAAUCAAGUGUUCCUGAUGAACAAUCUUAUAGUUAAUUCUGUUGGCGGACAAAAUAAAGUACUAUACAAUUUAAUGUAUAAGACCUCAGCUGUGCUGUUGGUAGUAUUUGGAGCUGUAAUAGCAUAUAAAAUGAGCAGAGUCUAA